GAAUAUAUAUAAAUAUCAAAAUGCAAGACCCUAAUGAAGAUACAGAAUGGAAUGAUGUCCUACGAGCCAAAGGAAUUCUACCACCAAAAGAGAAAAAGGAUAUCACUGAGGAUGAUAUUGUGAGCAUGUUGGAGGCAACUAUUCAGAAAAAAUCAGGAGGAAAGGCUCUGGAAGAUAUGGACCUGGAUGAGUUGGAUGAAUUAGAAGAUGAAGAAGAGGAAAAAAUUCUUUUACAGAUCAGGCAGCAGCGGAUGGCUGAGAUGAAAGCAAGGAUGUCCAAGGCUAAGUUUGGUGAGGUUCGUGAGAUAACAGCCGUUGAUUAUGUACAGGAGGUUAACAAGGCGGGAGAGGGAAUAUUUGUUGUUCUGCAUCUAUACAAACAGGGAGUUCCCUUGUGUUCCUUGUUAAAUGAGUAUAUGAACCGUCUAGCCGUCAGGUUCCCGGAGGUCAAAUUUCUCAGGGCAAUAUCUACGACGUGUAUACCUAACUAUCCAGAUAAAAAUCUACCAACUAUAUUCGUAUAUCACGAGGGUACCCUAAAGGGUCAGUUAGUUGGUCCCCUUGAGUUCCGUGGGAUGAACCUGACUGAGAAAGAGUUUGAAUAUCUGCUGGGUAAAACUGGAGCUAUCGAAACAUCCAUCAAGGAGGAUCCGAAACCUAAGGUGAAGGAUGUAUUGAUGAGCUCGUUACGAGGAGGUCGGGAUGAAGACGACCUUAGUGACGAGGGAGACUGGUGAGCUCAACGCCUGUUCUGACCUCAAUGCCUUCUUCUGCCAACUUUUGAUAUAUUGUAUUCCAAUAAUUUUGUACAUCCAGUAAUAUCUGACCAGUUUUCUUUUAUAUUAUUAAUAAUAAGUUUGAAUUAA